AGGCCCAGACAAACAAUACCUAGUGCAGCAUCCCUGUCUGCUCACUCCUCGUCCUCGUCCUCCUCCAGCCAACACGAGCCUCGCAUCCAUCCGUGGGUCGACUGAGCAGUAUUGUCCGCCAUGUCCUCCGCCUUCCUUGCCGUGAUGGCGCUCUUGUGCUGCUCUGUGGCAAUGGCUUUCGUCCUCCAGCCCUCCAAGGACCACACUGCAACGCCGCAAGAACCCAACACCAAGUGCCACGGAGUGUCCCUGCAGUCCAUCAGGAAGGGACUCCUCGCCGCCCUCAACCUGCAGGUGGAGCCUCGGCUGCCAGAGGGCGCCAUUGAGCAGUGGAGCAGCACCGCUGAAAGGAUGAAGGCCUUGACAGUUUCAUCCAGGGACACCGUGUCUGCUCAUGAUGGGAACAACUCCGAGUGCUGUUCCGUGACCUCGGAGGUUCUCGUGAGAGAUCUGGGCUGGGACAAGUGGAUGAUCCAUCCUGAUCGUGUCACGGUGGUGCAGUGUCUGCCCUCCACUUCCCACAUGCCCUUUCAGCCAUCGCUGCCUCAUGCCCAGGAUGCUGACUCGCAGGUUCCUCCAUCAUGUUGUCAGCCGACUUCCUAUGAAGAUGUGCCCGUCUGCUACAGGGAUGAGUUUGGCGCCAUCGUCAUGACUUCCAUGCAUCUGAUUCGCAGCUGUGGCUGCCCUUCCGGCGCCGUCCCAUGAGCGUUCCAUCAAGCACACACACACACACAGAGAAUAACACGUGUGUGUGUGUGCAAGCUUUCUAUCUCCACACAACAUCCUGCUGCUCUCCUUUUUAGUGUGUACGUAGUCAUCCCUGCUCACUGGCAGCCUUUAACACGGAGCGUGGGAAUAGCUGCAUCAAUGAUACCAGCACCAUAACAUAUACUGUAUAACCCUCACCCUUUCUGUUCAAUACAUGUGGCAUGAGUACACACUAGAGAUGCGCGGUUUGCGGUCUCAUCCGCGGAGGUUCGGGCGAGUGACAGGACGAUAAAAUAGAUUUUAAAUAGAUUCGGGCGGGUUGGCGGUUGAACCAUUCGGAAAUAUUUAAUAUACACAGUUCAGGAAUCGGCAACCUUUACCUCUCCAAGAGCCAUUUUGACCCGUGUCACAAAGUAAAGAAGACAAUAGGAGCUGCAAACAUUCUCGCGAAUAUCCGCUGGCGGUCACCCAGAUAAGAAUAAAGGCGUGCUACGAAGCUAUUGCCUUUGAUGCCUUUUACAACAUGUACAGACUGCUUGCCAGUCCAAGAACAUGUUGCAUGUGGCUUCUGCGGAUACA